AUGAAACGGCAGAUUGAUGCCUGGGGGAGCUGGGGUGAAUGGGGCAGGUGCAGUCGAAGCUGUGGUGGUGGAGUCAGCUUUCGGCAGCGGCACUGCUAUUCCCAAAGGACAGAAGGUGCUUCCAGUUGUAUUGGACCAGCUCGAAGCUAUCGGUCAUGCAACAUUCAGAGCUGCCCAGAAGGCUCACAAGAUUUCCGGGCAGAGCAAUGUGCAGAGUUCGAUGGGACAGAAUUCCAACAAAAGAAAUACAAGUGGCUUCCAUAUUAUGGAGCACCUAAUAAGUGUGAGUUAAACUGUAUUCCCAAGGGAGAAAACUUCUACUACAGGCACAAGGAAGCAGUGGUAGAUGGGACUACCUGUGAACCUGGCAAGCGGGACAUCUGUGUAGAGGGAGCUUGUCAGGCUGUUGGCUGUGAUAAUAUGCUGGAGUCUGCCAAGAAAGAGGACAAGUGCCUACAGUGUGGAGGAGAUGGCAGCACCUGCUAUGGUGUGAAAGGCACUUUUGAUGUGCCCAGCCUUCCCAAAGCUGUCAAGAACGUGCGAGGGGAGUACUAUCUGAACGGGCACUGGACAAUUGACUUCAGCCGAGCACUGCACGUAGCUAGCACGGUUAUGCACUACGACCGCGGCUCGGAGGGGGAUCUGGCUCCAGAGAUCCUCCACGCCCGGGGCCCCACCACAGAGCCCCUUGUCAUUGAGCUCAUCAGCCAGGAGCCAAACCCAGGGGUACAGUAUGAGUACUACCUGCCAGUGCAAGGCCAGGCCUCGGGUUACAGCUGGAGCUACGGUUCCUGGAGCGAGUGCAGUUCCGAAUGUGGAGGAGGUUUCCAGUCCCGCUUGGUGUUUUGUACCAUAGACAAUGAAAUUUAUCCAGACUACAUGUGCAGGAAUAAACCACAACCAGACAAUAACCGGACAUGUGGCCAUCAGACUUGUCCCCAGACGAAACGGACUUCUUACGUCUAUCUGCCACAAGCGUGGAGCCACAGUGGAGCACGGAGCUCUCGGAUGAAGAGGUGGAAAACAGGGGAGUGGGGAUCCUGUUCAGCUACCUGUGGUGGGGGCACACAGACUCGCUCCGUUUACUGUGUGGCAUUCGACGGUCAGAGCUCCCAAGGGGUGGUGGAUGACGCUGAGUGCAUGGCCUUCGCACAGCAGCCUCGCAGCAGUCAGCCCUGCAACAUGAGACAGUGUGCGACCUGGAGCACAGGGCCCUGGUCCGAGUGCUCAGCCAACUGUGGGGAAGGGGUCCAGACCCGGACCGUCACCUGCAGAACACAGCAGGGCUCUCGGGCUCAGGACUUCGCUUGUCUAAUGGAGUCAAAGCCAUCGGCCACCCAGCCCUGCCUGAAGGAGAACUGCAUCCAAGAAAUAGGCUGGCACGUUGGAGACUGGGGCCUGUGUUCGAAGAGCUGCAGUUCAGGCAUCCGGACACGCCAAGUCGUCUGCGCAGACAGCGACUCCAAAUUCUACAGUCCUGAGACAUGCAAAGCCAUCCAGCCACAGAAACCAGCCACCCUGGGUAGCUGCAACAUGCAGCCCUGCUACCUGCCACAGCAGGUCCCCAGUAUGCAGGACACUAUGGGAUAUGAUGUCACUCGCCAGUCCUUGCUGACACGUUACAACCCAAACAGCCCUGCCACAGAUUCUGGUGAUGAAAGGAUGAUCCCUGGGAGCUCGAUGAUCCAUACUACCUCUGGGAAUCACCACACCUCACCCAGCAAGGACCGUGGCAUCAACUUGUUGCCUGUUCGCUGGGAAUCCCAGUCACGCUCAUUGGGUUCCCAUCAGCUCAGCUUCUCUCAGGACCCCACCGCAGGGACUGGCUCUCGAGACUGCCACCGGAGCCCAUAUGGCUGCUGUCCAGAUGGGCACACUCCAGCUUCAGGCCCUCUGGAGAGAGGUUGCCCCUUCAGCAGUUGUCACCGAAACAGGUAUGGAUGUUGUCCUGAUGGAGUAUCGUCUGCCCAGGGUCCAAACAACAUGGGAUGCCCACAACAUUAUCACGACAUUCAAGUGAGCAGAAAUCAGCCCACUGCAGCUGCUCCAACAGCAAACCAAGCCUUGUCCCAGCAGCACCCGUCGGGCAAGUGCCGCAGUUCUGUGUAUGGCUGCUGUUUUGACAAUGUCGCUUCAGCUUCAGGACCUCAAGGGGAAGGAUGUCUCAAUAGGCCCAACUACCCGUAUCCUGUCAUAUGCCUGCUGCCCAGUGCCCACGGCCCCUGCGCGAACUGGACCACUCGCUGGUACUUUGUGGCUGUCGUUGGCAAGUGCAACCGAUUUUGGUACGGCGGCUGCCAAGGCAAUAAAAACAGCUUUGCCUCGGAGGAGGAGUGCAUGAGAGCAUGCCACAAGUCUGUGGGCGUCAGCCCUCCGGAGCACCAGUCCUCUUCUGGCACAGGAGCCCUGCAACGCCAGCACACUGGCUCCCGCUCUCAUACAGGGGAUGCUGGGGAUCAGCAGCAGCCGUCCCUGAGAGAGUCUGCAAGUCGCAGCCAAGAAGGAAGAGCCUACGGGGCUUCACGCCCCAUGCAAGACAGCCACAGACAGGACAGCUGGAGAAGUGAGGUACUGCCAGGGUCUCUGCUGAGGACUGGUAUGCUGGAGAGCCAGCGCUGGGGCACCCAGCAAAGCAGACUGGACAGCCUGAGCCAGCCGCACUUGUGGGAAUCAGCGGUGCCUGGGCCCUCAGAGAGGCAGAGGGGCAGAGGCCAGGAGGGGCUGCCCCAUGAAGGCAAGCAGUGGCAUAAGGCUUUCGGAGCAGACGUUUCCGUGACAGAGGGAUUGGGGCAUCAGGCGCCUGCAGACCCAUCCUCAGCACAGGCCCUGCACAGAGCCAUUUUGGAGGAAGCCAAGCCCUCUCUUGUGACAGCAGUUGUGGGACAAAACAUCCAGCUGGUCUGCAAGACAGGCACGUCUCCCUUCUUCAGAGUGGAGUGGGCCAAGGACGGCCGACCGGUCUCCUCUGACAGGCACACCUCCCAGUCCGACGGCUCCUUACUGAUCAGCAAUGCCAAGCCCGAGGACGCUGGGACUUACAUGUGCCUCGGUUCUGACAGGAGGACAGAGAGCCGUCAGGUUCGGUUACAGAUCACAGAGUACCAGAGCGCUGUUCUGGCAGAGGGUGAGAGAGGUCGGGUCCUUCACAAGGAAAAUCAGCAGCAUCGAGAGCUAUCCGGAGGCAGGAAGGCUGUGCAGGCAGCCGGUUCCUCUGUGCAUCAGCAAUUCACAUACAGGUUGAGAAUGGAUAAGAGCGAGCCCUCGGUAGUGGAAGCCAACGUCGGGGAAAGCGUCAGACUGCCCUGCACAGUGGAAGCAUCGCCAGCUCUCACCAUUGAGUGGCAGAAAGACGGGCAGCCCCUCUCCUCUCCCAGACACAGGCAGCAGUCCGAUGGGGCCCUGGUGAUCAGCCGGGUCAGCUCUGAAGACGCGGGCUUCUUUACCUGCGUUGCCUCCAAUGGACGUGACCAGGACCAGCGCCAGGUCCUGUUCCGACCUCUAGGAGAGCUGAGGAUCACCGGUCUUCUGCCAAGCAUCACAGUACCCGAGGGAGGGACUGCUCAGCUUCAUUGUACAGUGACUGGCAACAAUGUGAAUAUAAGGUGGUCAAGGAACGGAGUCCCUACACGGGCAGAUGGCCACCGCAUCCACCUGUCCCAGGACGGGAGCCUGGUCAUAAGCAACAUUCAAGAGGCUGACGAGGGAUCCUACACGUGCAGCGCCUACAGCAGCAGCAACUCUGUCAGUGCCAGCACCGAGGUGAAAGUGCUGAGGAGCAGGCCUAGCAGUGAGUACAGCCCCGCCUGCGUGGACCAGCCCCACCUCGCCAACUGUGGCCUGAUCCUGCAGGCCCAGCUCUGCGGAAAUGAAUACUACGCCAGCUUCUGCUGCGCCAGCUGCGCUCGCUACCAGCCCCAGGCCAGCCUGCAGCGUCACCGCGUGUGA